AUCAUUGUAAUCAUGUAAAACAAGUCUUUACUAGAUUGAAAGAAGCAGGACUAAAAAUAAAAUCAGAGAAAUGCACGUUUGCAGUAAGCGAAGUUAGUUACUUAGGUCAUAUCGUAGGAAGUAAUAGAAUCAAACCUGACCAAGGGAAAAUUCAAACCAUGGUUGAUUUACCUACACCUAGAAAUCCAAAAGAAGUAUGA